AUGGACAAUACUACCAGUACUGUUACUAAAGAUUAUUCCGAUUUAGAAGUCCCACUGAAUACUAGUUUCAAUAUUAAUAACAACCACCACCAUACUUAUAACAAUAGCUCCUUGCCAAAUGAUACUUUCGAAUUUAUUGCAGAUGAUGUCACUUCAAACAGAUCAAACACAGUUAGAAGAAUGCUUAUCAAGGAGUAUAGAAAAAUCGGCCGUGGUGCAUUCGGCACUGUAGUACAAGCUUAUAUGACUCCAAAUAAGGAAAAUUGGUAUGGCCCGUUCGCCAUUAAGAAAGUUCCUGCACAAACAGAAUAUAAAUCUAGAGAAUUAGACAUUCUAAGAGUCACAAACCAUCCUAAUGUGGUCAGAUUGGAAUACUUCUUCACACACGUUUCUCAUAUAGAUAACAAAUUGUACCAAUAUUUAGCCAUGGAGUGUUUGCCAACAACAUUACAAAUCGAAAUUAGUCGAUACGCACAGAAUAAUAUGGAGUUGCCUCUGAAACAUGUCAAAUUGUAUACAUAUCAGAUUGCCAGAGCUAUGCUCUAUUUACAUUCCUUCGGCGUAUGUCAUAGAGAUAUUAAACCAUCCAAUAUACUGGUCGAUCCAAAGACUGGUGUCUUGAAACUUUGUGAUUUUGGGUCUGCAAAGAAAUUGGAACCAACUCAACCUUCAAUCAGUUACAUCUGUUCAAGAUUCUAUAGAGCCCCUGAAUUGAUCCUUGGUUGCACAAGUUAUACUACUCAAGUCGACAUAUGGGGGCUCGGGUGUGUCAUGGGGGAAAUGUUGUUGGGGCAAGCCGUGUUUCAAGGUAAAGAACCUCUAUUACAAUUACGUGAAAUCGCCAAAUUGUUAGGACCUCCCGACAAAAAAUUCAUUUUCUUUUCAAACCCAAGCUAUGACGGUCCGUUGUAUUCGAAGCCUCUAUUUACGGGCACUUCAAGAGAAAGAUUCGAAAAGUAUUUUGGUCAUUCAGGUCCUGAAGGUAUAGAUCUAUUGACAAAAGUUCUUGUAUAUGACCCACAAUCAAGAUUAUCACCAAGAAGAAUCAUGGCACAUCCAUUUUUCAAUGAAUUAAGGUUGGAAGAUUAUUUCUUCCCAAGAGAUCAUUCCGAACCUGUUAAACUACCAGAUUUAUUCAAUUUUAGUGAUUUCGAAUUGCAUAUCUUAGGUGAAUUUGCUGAUUUAAUAAAACCAAAGGUGAAAAAAGAAAAUUCAGAAUAA